AUGGAAAGAGAGAGCAGGCACUCGAAAGAGGAAGAGGAAGAGCUAGACCGAAAGAUAGCUCAAAUAAGGGAAAAGAACCUCAAGAUCGAAGAGCGGAAGAAG